UUACAACUUACAAGCCAUCCUCAUAGUUUCCGCCGUGAGAAAAAAGAAAAUGCAGUUUUGUGAAGUUGUAACAGCAGCGCUACAUGUUAUUUAAAGCUCCUGCAUUAUAUAUUUAGUAAGUGAUCAAAGUUACAGUAAGUGGAAACAAAGAUGUUGGUGACUGGGGUUCUAACACCACUUUGGCUUCCACCACCCAUCAAAUCCAAUGCUACAAAAACAACAAACCCUUUUCAAGCUUGCAUAAAACCAUCUAAAUUCUAUCAUUCUACCUGCUUGUCACUCAAAGCCACAGCUGCUUCUGCUUCUGCUUCUUCAGUUGGAGAUACAGAUUUAACAGAGGAACCAGCCACCAAAGUAAAAUUUCAGACCUCAUUGAGUUUACCAGGAUGCUCAAGUACAUUAUCUCUGCUUGGAACUGGGUACAGGGAGAAACGUUUUGCGAUUGUUGGUGUCAAAGUGUAUGCUGCUGGAUUAUAUGUGGAUCUUUCAAUUUUAGAUAAGUUAGAUGCCAUGAAAGGAAAAUUAGAUGCAUCUCUGUUUGACUUGAUAUUUCAAGUACCUUUGGAGAAGUCACUACAGAUUGUUCUAGUAAGAGAUGUUGAUGGUAAGACCUUUUGGGAUGCCCUGGAUGAUGCUAUAACCCCAAGGAUAAAAUCACCGACUACAAUCGAUGAAUCUGCUCUUUCUACAUUCCGUAGCACCUUUGAGAAACGAGCACUUAAAAAAGGGACUUCCAUAUUUCUGACUUGGCUUAACCCAACAAAAAUGCUUGUUAGCGUAUCAACUGAAGGUAUGCCUUCUGGUACGGAUGCUACAAUUGAGUCAAGUAAUGUUACACUAGCUCUUUUUGAUGUUUUCUUUGGAGGUGAACCAGUCUCUCCUUCACUGAAAGCUUCAGUAGCCAACGGCUUGGCAACAGCCCUCAAGUAAAUGCUGCUACAUCAUUUCUUCAAAUGCUGGUACUGAGAUUUUUAUUUGUCAAUCCGGUCACUGUAGAUAUAUCUUAACAGGUUGUGUUGUGGUUUUUUGUUGAAUCCUCUACUCAACUAGGAACCGAAAAAUAUUUGUGUGUCAAGAGAACUUAUCAAGCAAAAUUCAAGAUUCUGUUUGCAA